ACCACCAAAAGCGGCCAUUUAACACUGAGCAGGCAUCGCGCUGGCCAUCUCCGCACGGGGUCCUUCGGGUCCGUCUGAAGUGAGGCCGGAGCCGGGCCAACCGGACCCGGCGGGAAGGACAACAAGAGGGCUGAAAAGAUGUCGGGGAUUGCCUUGAAUCGUCUCUCACAGGAAAGAAAGGCAUGGAGGAAAGACCAUCCAUUCGGAUUUGUGGCUGUGCCUGUGAAGAAUCCAGACGGCACGAUGAACCUAAUGAAUUGGGAGUGUGCUAUUCCAGGCAAAAAGGGGACAACUUGGGAAGGAGGCUUAUUUAAACUGCGGGUGCUUUUUAAGGAUGACUAUCCAUCUUCACCACCAAAGUGCAAAUUUGAGCCACCAAUAUUCCACCCAAAUGUGUAUCCAUCAGGAACAGUCUGUCUGUCAAUUCUAGAGGCAGAAAAGGACUGGAGGCCAGCAAUCACCAUCAAACAGGUAUUGUUAGGUAUUCAAGAACUUUUAAAUGAACCAAACGUUCAGGACCCAGCUCAAGCAGAAGCCUACACAAUCUACUGCCAAAACCGAGUGGAAUACGACAAGAGGAUUCGUGCACAGGCCCAACGGUUUACACCAACAUAAGUGUGAGCUUGGUUGGGUUAUGGAAUGGACAACAGAAGAUGCCAGGGAAAUUGUUCAGCAAGAUCUUUUUUAUUUUACAAAAGUGACCAGGUUUUAAAUUGGGCCUUUGUUUUAUAAAGUCCCAGUAUAUUCUUUCUACCAGGAACCAUCUAAUUACUGACAUUGUUUAUUUCCCUUUCCUCCAGUCCAGAUUUUUGAUGUGAAUUUUUUUUUGUUGCUCCCUGUUGUGGAAAUGAACCUGGUCAUUUGAUGAGCCAGAUCCUUGCUGACAUGGCUUGACCCACAAUUGCUUCAGGAUCCUGGCUGACAGUUUAUAUUUUUGAUGGUAUAUGACAAAAUAUAAAGAUGAAAUCGACUUGCUUUUAUUUUAAUAAAGAAGAAGCUGAUAUUCUGAGUGCUGUAAAAUGUUAAACUUUUAUACUUAGCAUAAUACAUAAGCACAUAUCGUAAUACCAUCUUCAUUCAAUAUUGUCAGUGUUUAAAGAGAAGAAUAUUGUUUGUGUUGUGUUGUUUACCCAGAUCAAGAAGUUCAUUUAAGCAUCCUGUGCUUAUUUUAUGCUUCACCAGGAAGUGAGCCGGACUCCCAUCUGACAGUCUGUUCUGCCUCUUCCCUAUUUACACAAUCUAUCCAUCUGUGUCUUAGAAAUAUAAUAAAGGAGUCAUCCAAAAUGUUCUA